CAUUCAUUCCAAUGGCUUCCAGUUCUUCCUCUUCUAGCAUUGCUUCACCUUCGGCUAACUAUGACAUCUUUCUAAGCUUCAGAGGCGAAGAUACUCGUCAUUCUUUUGCCGAUCAUCUCUAUGCCGCGUUAAUCCGAGCAGGAAUUUCCACUUUUAGGGAUAAUGAUGAAAUCAGUAGAGGUGAAGACCUCAAACCGGAAAUCGAGACAGCAAUCACAGCAUCCAAGGGCUCGAUAGUUGUAUUGUCUAAGAAUUAUGCAACUUCAACAUGGUGCCUCGAUGAGCUUUGGUUGAUCCUUGAGCGAAGGAGAGAGUUCGAUCAUUUCGUUCUACCGGUAUUUUAUCAUGUUGAUCCCUCUCAUGUUAAAAAGCAAGAUAAUACUUUCAAGAUACAAGUUAAAACCUCUUCAAAGUGGACGGAUGAUAACGUGAAACGAUGGAGACAAGCCCUUACGAAGGUUGCCGAAUUGUCAGGCUUGGUUCUUUCAGGGUCAGAAACAGAGUUUUUGAAGGAAAUCAUUGAUAACGUUUACUAUAAAGUUGGUCCCAAAAUAGUUAAUCUUCCACGCAAUCUAACAGGGAUGAAUGCUCGAGAUAAAGAUAUUAAUUCCUGGUUAAAGCAAUCCGACAGCAAAUUUCUAAUAAUUUGUGGCAUGGGAGGAAGUGGCAAGACCACGUUGGCCGAGUACAUUGUCUCUUCAAAUCGGCAACAUUUUGAAAUCAUUAGCAUUUUAAAAAACAUGGGUAGUAUACAUCAAAAACAAGGUAAUAUUGAUGUGUUAAUCCAACAAUUUGCCAAAGAUAUUGUAGGAGAGGGGAAACCCCAAACAUUGUGCGAGCGCUAUUACGUUGAUAGAGUUUUAGAAAGGAAAAAGGCACUUAUUGUUUUUGAUGACAUUGAUGAACCAAGACCACUGGAAAAAUUUAUCAAUUUCCAGAAAAUUAAUGAAAAAAGCAAAAUUAUAGUAACAACCAGGAACAAUAAUACGCAUAAUUGGUUUAGGACUAGAACUUGGAGUUGUCAUGAGUAUAAGAUGACAUUACUAGAUGAUGAAGAAGCACUAGAGCUCCUAAGUCUUCAUGCCUUUGGAUUCAAAAUUCCGAUGGACGGUUAUGAGGAACUUACAAAAGAGGUGCUACAGUAUUGUGAAGGAAAUCCACUGGCUCUUGAAGUGUUGGGUUCCUCUCUAUCAGAGGAUAUUAGCAUCCUAUUUUGGAGAAAUACAUUGGAUUUAUUGAAAAGAGAGAUGAAAUCUGGAAUCCAACAUGUACUCAUAAAGAGCUAUGACUCAUUGCCAGAUAAAAAUAGCAAAGAGUUGUUUUUGCAUAUUGCUUGUUUCUUUGUUGGCCAAGACAAGGAUUAUGUGGAAAAAAUAUUGGAGCUUGAUUAUUGUGCAUCAUCUGGGAUCAAAGUCCUAACCAAUAGAUGUCUUCUUUCUGUGUCACCAAACAACAAACUGAUGGUGCAUCAAUUGAUUCAAGAGAUGGGGAAAAGCAUAAUCAGUGAAGAAUCAAAACGCCCUGUAGAACGUAGUAGAGUUUGGCGUAGUAUUGAAUCUUACAAGAUCUUGCACAAAGGAGAGGGUUCCAAAACAAUGGAAGGUCUAGCACUUGAUAUGCAAGUUUUGCGGGAUGAUAAUCCACAAAUUUUGACGUCUUUAGAUCUUAAGACAGAUUCACUUACAAAAAUGGAUAACCUAAAAUUGCUCCACCUAAAUGAUGUGCAUCUCACUGGAUCCUACGAGRAUUUUUCAGAAGAUUUAAGAUGGCUAUGCUGGCGUCAGUUCGAUCUAAGAGCCAUACCCUUUGGCUUAUUCUUCAAAAGCUUGGUGGCUAUAGAUAUGCGAGAUAGCAAGUUGAAAGUUCUUCCAUUACUCAAGACUCUAAAUCUUCAAUCCUCCGAGUCUCUGUCCGCAAUCCGCAGUAUCUACCGACUCCCUAAUAUUGAGACUUUGAUUCUUUGUCAAUGUUAUGAACUAGUUGAUAUUUGUGAAACCAUUGGAGACUUAAUGAAUCUUGCUCAAUUGGACAUGUCAGAGUGUCCACAGGCACAGCUCUAUGAAAAAUUGAUUUUGCAAUCUACUGGAGCAAGUCCACUACUAAUUUUCUUUUCUUUGCCACAUUCUUUAGUGUGGUUAUCCCUUAGAGACUGCACCCUUGAUGUUACUAAACAUUUUUCUCCGAGUUCCAGCAUUCAACCAAAAUUGCAGUACCUGGAUUUAGGCAGAUGUUGGUUUGAAAGCUUGACCAGCAACAAUCAUCUUGUAAAUCUUAGGGUCCUUAACUUGUCUUUAAGCCAUAGACUUAAAUGGCUUCUCUGUCUUCCAAGUGCACUUGCAGAAUUGUAUGUAUAUGAUUGUCACUCGCUAGAGAAAAUAACUUUUGAAUCACAUCGGUUCACACUGCAUGAGUUUGGCUAUGAAAAUUGUGCUCAGUUGAGUGAAGUGGAAGACUUCUUUAAAUUGGUGCCGGUAGCCAGACUUGAUGAAACUGAUUUGGGACACUURAAGUGGCUAAAGAAAUAUCAACAUCAUGAGGUGUUCCUGGUUGGUGAUGAUCAGAUCAUCGAAAACAGAAGUCAAAGGAUCCAGAUGCUGUAUGAAUUCGGUAUUGUGAGCACGUGCCUGCCAGACAUAAAGGAUCCAAACAUAACACCUGAGCAUAUAUCAGAAUCAACAUCUCUGUCCUUCGAGGUGCCUUCAUCUCCUAUGGAUAGGAGGCUCAUAGGAUUAAAUCUAACUUUCAAGUAUACAAUAUUAUCAGGUCAAGACURUGCAUGGUUUGCUAAAAUCCAUACCAACAAUGGUGUUGAUUUGAUGUACAAUCCCAAAGUCUGURGCGAUCCUGGAGAUGGAGGAGCUGGCAUAUGGUUAAGUUAUUGGCCAAUAGGAAGCAAGUUAUUAGUGGGAGAUAAAGUUAAUGUGUCUGUCAUUGUGAUGGGUGGUAUAUCGAAGAUACAUGAGUGUGGUGCAAGCCUUGUGUAUGCGGAUGCUGAUGAAACCAUGGGAAUUAACAUGCCAUGGAUAGAAACUCUUGGAGGGGAUUUGUCUGCAUUUAAACUAAUUACAGGAGCAUACUAUCUUUGUCGGCGUGAUUUUUUCAAGUUAAUGGAGGUUGGCAGAUUGGCACCAGGUUGGCUCACUAUUUUAGUCGGUGAUACCAUUGAUGAUAGAGAGGUACGAGGAUGGAGAAUGACCGGUCGACCUAAGCCGCCAUUUAACCCAUCACAAACAAAGUUGUACCCAUCAUUUGACCCACCACGAUUAGAGUUGUCACUUUUGCCAGGCUCACUACGCACAGAGGUGCCAGACUCAUUAUUUACAAAGUCGAAGAAGUUUUGUCGAAGGUUCUGAGACGAUAAUUAUGCUCUGUAUUUUUUCUUUCUUUUUGCAUGAAUUGGUUACUAGAACAAGAUGUGAUGUGAGGGCCUAUAU